AUCCGAGAAGAAGAAUAGUACGAAUAAUGUAGCACAAAUCGACAUGGAAACUGGUAUGCAAAUCAAGGAGGCACUGCUACUGCAACUAGAUGUUCAAAGACGUCUUCACGAACAACUAGAGAUUCAAAAGAAGUUACAGCUUAGGAUUGAACAAGAAGCCAAGCGGCUGAAAGUGAUGAUUGAUCAGCAACAAAAAACGACUAGCGAUUUCACACAUGAACGAGAAGAAGACGACGAAGAAGAAGAAGAUUCGGAGGUUUUCGUGUUAGAAGGCUCCGAUGAACACGUAAUUUGACAGCUCCAAUCACAAACACACAAGUUCUUGCCACUGACUUGAUUAAUAUGUUACCAUGUUUUGAAGUAGUCAAUGUCAAUCUACAGUAUAUAAAUUGAAGGCUGCAAUAAUUGUAUGACAGGAAUUACUGGUCAUAAUUUUUCAUUACUUGUUUAUGAACAAAAUUGACCAAUUAA